GAAGUUCCCAAACUAUUUUCUUCUGCACCAACUCUACAUCUAUCUAAAAACAUAUGAGCAUUCAACAUGUGCCUCCAUCAGGAAAGAACCCAGACUUGAAAAGGCCUGAAUCGCAAAUACAGCUAAGUUCUCCCAAAGCAGUCACGGGCUUCAACUGCUCGCAAACACCUUGUUCUCUUAGUACAACCAUCUCUGUCAAAGUGGGCUUGUUCGAAGACGAUCCUGUAACUAGAACAGGAAUCUUUGCCCACAAUGCUCAGGAGCCAUUGCCCUACCGCCUUCUUCUUUCCCGCCUCUACCUGCUACAAGUAUACUAUCCAAGCCUAAACACAUACACAAAGAAUGAAGUCAAGACUCUUGCACCAUAUAUUGUUGUCGAUGGAAAGAAGAGGACGGUCGUUGCGAACUUCUCGGAGCUUUGCAAGAGCCUGGAGCGCAAUAAGGAUCAUGUGUUUCAGUACCUUCUCGCAGAAUUAGGGACAAGUGGAAGCUUUGACUCACACGAGAGGGUGAUUAUGAAGGGCCGUUUUCAUGAGAAACAAAUCAAGAGGGCUCUGCAGAGUUAUAGACGGACAUACGUCGAGUGUCCGAGUUGCGAAUCUAGAGCUACGGAUCUACGCAACCCCGAGAGGCGUGUGUGGAUUGUAAAUUGUCGGUCUUGUGGUAAAGAAUCUCGUGCUCCUGUAAUCAAAACGGGUUACACGCUACGAAUAGGAUGUCGACCGCAGAGACCGAAAAAUCCGCCGCAAGAAGAAUCGGAGCCCGAGUCGCGGAUUAGUCUAGAAACCCUUCGUACGCCUAGGCAGAACUGCUUCACUAGGUUCAAGAUUAAGUCCAAACUUUGACUCCCUUUACAGUGGGUAUGGCCAAUUUUUGAAUCAGUUUGGAACCAUUCGCACAUGAAAGAUUCGUACAUACAUCGUAAAUAUACAUUAAGAGCGACAAAUCUCGAAUUCCGUUCAAAGAACAUUAACACCAACGAUCCCCCAAACGCCGAGUUCCCCAAACCCAUCAAUUUAGACCCACCCUCAAUUGCGGACCAUCAUAUUCCGCAUCUGCUCAGUCCUCUUAGGUUCCCAUUCAGAAACCGCGCUAAUU